AUGACGUUUACCAUAGCAAACCCAGUCCUCAGCAGCACAGUCCCAACUACCAAAAGCCCUUCAAACAAAGGCAAAGACCAAGAAGUUCCAAGCUUGACUCGACUUCUGCAUCACCGCCAUGUCACUGCAGAAUUCGAUCCCUUGAUAUUUGAAGCUGCUGCAUCAUUGCAACUGCAAUUACAGCUCGGGGGGCGAUACCCAGAUACAGAAACAGACACGCGACUCAUUGCAUCGCCCUACAACAGCGUCCCCCAUCUACUGGAUAUUGCUGCACUGGAAAGACAAGACCGACUCUUCGCAUUGGCGUUGGCAUAUCUCAAACCUAUCCGCGAUGACUAUGCCACUGCUGGAUACACGGAAUCAUUCAAUUGGACAGAGGUGUUUGAUUUGUUGAGAGCUUUCUCACAGGCAGAGGACCACACAUGGAAAUCGCAAUCGUACUAUGUUGUUAUUUUCCGGUCCACACUAUUGCCGGGCAUUGAUUCGGAUCGUCUUUAUGAAUUGGAUGCGCAUUCGCAUCAGGAGGCCAUUGCUAGUGGGGGAUUGUUGAAGUAUUGGUUUGGGGCGAAGAAUGACAGGCAUCAGAAUAUGGCAACUUGCAUUUGGCGUAAUCGAAAUGAUGCAAGACUUGGUGGUCGUGGACCUUGGCAUGCUCAAGCAAGAGCGGCUGCUCCAACAAUGUAUGAGCAGAUUCGGUUUACUACGUUGAGGUUGGUUAUUGAGGAUGGAGUGCAGUCCUGGACGUUGAGUGAUUGGAAGGAAGAUGUAUAA